CACGGCGAGGAUAAAGCAAGAUGGCGUCUGACGGUGAAGACGUUAUUGCAGUCGUCACAGUUCAGUGUUUUUAAUCUGUGCGGCCAUGUACACAUAUAUGUCCUUUAUUAGACUCUAUUAAAUAGAGUAAACAUCGUUAAUAACUGUUUGCAUCCGGUUAUAUUAGUCUGAGCGCACUUUGAUGCUUCUCGAGCUAGCCUAGCCUGCUAGUUAGCUUAGCUUGUUAGCUGCUAACAAAGAGAGGCGGAAGUGAUCAAAACACAUCGCUAAGCAGAGAUCAAGUGUGAGUGUAAAGUGUUGUGAUUGUGUGAAAAUGUGCGAAAGAACGAUAGCAGAGUACGAGGAGGAACUUUGUCCAACAAAAGAGGAGAAGGAGCGACAACAUCAAAAACAUCAAGUUGUGUUACACAGAACAGACAUCCAUCAGCUGAUUGGACACCAAGAAGAAUGUCUCCCUCAUCUGCAGGGGGACAGUUUCACUUUAGAGGAUCCACAGCCCUCACAUUUUAAAGGGGACGAGGAGGAUCCACAGCCCCCUAAUUUUAAAGAAGAAGAGGAGGGAGAGUGUCCUGUAGAGCAGGAGGAGGCUGAUCUCACCAAGUUUCCACUGACUGUUGUCUCUGUGAAGACUGAAGAGCAUGAAGACAAACCACCUGAGUCCUCACAGCUUCAUCACAGUCCAAACGUCUGUGAAGAACAUCUUCUCUCUGAGCAACACAAGUGGAGCUUCAGGAUGGACAAGGAGGAGCCACAGCCCUUCCACAUUAAGGAGGAAGAAGAGGCGCCACAUACAUUACAAAUGCAAAGGGAAGAAAAUAACCCACUGACCUCCCAUUUUAAAGAGGAAGAGGAGGAACACAGCAUCAGUCAAGAAUGGUUGGAGGAGUUCCAUGUGAUUGUGAAGAGUGAAGAUGAUGAGGUCAAAGGUGAGAGUGAGGAGAAGGAAGAGGCGGAGCCUCCAAGCAGCAGCUCAACUCAACACAUGACAACAGAAGCUGAUGGAGACCACUGUGGAGGAUCACAAGCAGACAAGCUCUUAGCUCCACUAUCAGAUAGUGAGGACACAACGUCACACUCUCCUGACACUGAUGAUGAAGACUCUAAAGAUGAUAAGACAUGUCACACUGACAACACACACUUCACAUGUUCUCACUGUGACAAAACUUUUAAUGACCGUUGCAAUAUGAAAAGACACAUGAGAAUACACACUGCAGAAAAACGUUUUUCAUGUUCAAUCUGCGGUAAAGAUUUUACUCAAAGGCAAUAUUUGAAAAUACACGUGAGAAUACACACUGGAGAAAAACCUUUUUCAUGUUCAAUCUGCGGUAAAGAUUUUACUCAAAGGCAAUAUUUGAAAACACACAUGAGAAUACACACUGGAGAAAAACCUUUUUCCUGCUCAGAAUGUGGUAAAAGUUUUGUAAUGAAUGAAAAUUUAAAAGUACAUAUGAGAACACACACAGGAGAAAAACCGUUUUCAUGUUCAAUCUGCGGUAAAGAUUUUACUCAACAGCCCCAUUUCAAAGCACACAUGAGAAUACACACGGGAGAAAAACCUUUUUCCUGCUCAGAAUGUGGUAAAAGUUUUGUAAUAAAUCGAAGUUUAAAAGUGCACAUGAGAACACACACUGGAGAAAAACCUUUUAUAUGUUCAGUAUGUGGUAAAAGUUAUAUAGAAAGACGGCAAUUAAAAUCACACAUGAGAACGCACUCUGGUGAAAAACCAUACUCCUGUUCAAGCUGCAACAAAAGCUUUGGUCACCUAAACACUCUUACAGUACACAUGAGAACACACACAGGAGAGAAAGUGUUGAGUUGCAGUGUGUGUGGUGAAAGAUUCUCCUAUAAGUACCAGUGUAAGAAACACAAGUGUGCUGGUGAGAACAGCAGCAGCAAAUGAAGAUGCAGGAUUUGAAAUAAACUGUCAAAACUUUGUUAACUUUGACUUUCUAACAACAUCAGCACAUAUAACAUGUGUGACGUCAUUGUUGUGUGUGUAACACAAUCUUGUUAAUAUGAUUCUAACAUUUAUAGAUUAGACACUUCAGAUUAGUGCUUUUAUUUCAGUCAAGUACAUGAGUUAAUAUACACAUUUGUGUACUUUAAAAUGAACAGAACAAUUUGACUGAAAAGGUGAGAAUAAACAGUACAUAAAAUAUGUUACAUACAGUAAACAUUUUAUGUGUAGAUAUUCAUAUAUCACUUUUAUACUUAUUCAUAAUAGUGUUUUAUACAUGUUUUUUGAAAUAAUGAAGUGUUACAUAUUUUUAUUUUCUAAUUGUAGAUGAUUCCAUAGAUGAACUCCUUUAUAUGAUGUACAUAUUUGUUUUACAUGUGUUCAUACCUUUGCUUUUGAGUACACAUAAAUCCCUCUUAGUUCAUAGUUACUGGUUCACAUCUGAAACAUCUUCUGGACCACUUCUGGAAGCAUAUUAUUAUUUAGUUUAUACAUCAUUUGAACAGUUGUGUUGUAUACCAUUUUAAAAUGUGUGACUUUAUGAAUCAUUUGUUGGGUCUCUAUAAUCCAUUCUAAUAAUUGUUUUUAUUACUCUCUUGUGUAAUAUGAAUAUUGUUGUGUAUCUGCAUGCAUUACUCAACGCUUUUAUCAUCCAAGGCUUUUUAUCCUUGUGUUUUUUACUUCUGCAUGAAGUAGUGAUUACCGGACAGUGCAUGUCGUAUGAUUCAAUUAUUGUGUUAAGGAAUAUAUCAUAUGCGAUAUUGGUAUCCGAUUCACUGAAUACACUAUUCCAUUCUUUGUUAUCAUGUCACGUUCAAAAGCCUUGAUUUCCCUUUCAUUACAGAGCCUUCUAAUGACUUAGACAAACUUUAGAACAACUUUAAUGAUCCACAAGGGAAAUUCUUCCACACAGUAGCUCAGUUACAAUGUGUGGAAAUGGUAAUGGUUUUUGUUUCUGGUUUUUGAAGUGUGCAAUAAUCCAAACUAUAGACGGCGAAUACCGGAAGGUAAUCGGAUAUAUCAGUUACCAUAAGACCGCUAGUUAUUUCAGUGUCUGGUAUGUUGGUAAAAAUAUUGUCAAUUAGAGUGGCGCUCUGCUUCGUGAUUCUACUAGGGCGUGUGAUAAGAGGUCGCAAGCCAUAAGCAUACAUAGAGUUAACAAAGUCCUCAUUCUGGUGGUUGUCAUUGGGGUUUAACAGAUCAAUAUUAAAGUCACCACAUAG